CGGCCUCGGCCCUGCCUCGCGCGUCCGGCCGCCGAGCAGUACCCAACUCCCGCUCUCGACGGCGGGCAGGGGGCGCUGCGCGUCCAGGCGCUCCGAGGGGGCGGGCCCGGGUCGGGGCGGGGCCGGCCGGGCUUCCAGGCCUGGGCUCUGGCCGCCCGCGCCACCGGGCCGCUCCGGGGACGGGCCGGGGCGGGGCGCGGCGGCAGGAAACGGGGCGGGGACUCGCGGAGGCGUUGGGGACGAGAGAGGGCGCGGCCAACUCCCGGGGGGACGGCAGGCCGAGAGCGCGGCGCCCGGGCCUGGCGCCGAGCCUGAGCCCGCCGGACGGGAGGCUGCCCCGCCGCGGGCUCGGCUCCGGCCCCAGCCCCGCCAGCAUGGCCGGCCGGACCGUACGGGCCGAGACCCGGAGCCGGGCCAAGGAUGACAUCAAGAAGGUGAUGGCGACCAUCGAGAAGGUCCGGAGAUGGGAGAAGCGAUGGGUGACUGUGGGCGACACUUCCCUUCGUAUCUUCAAGUGGGUGCCAGUGGUGGACCCCCAGGAGGAGGAGCGAAGGCGGGCAGGUGGCGGGGCAGAGAGAUCCCGUGGCCGGGAACGUCGGGGCAGGGGCGCCAGUCCCCGAGGGGGUGGCCCUCUCAUCCUGCUGGAUCUCAAUGAUGAGAACAGCAACCAGAGUUUCCAUUCGGAAGGUUCCCUGCAAAAGGGCACAGAGCCCAGUCCUGGGGGCACCCCCCAGCCCAGCCGCCCCGUGUCACCUGCUGGACCCCCAGAAGGGGUCCCUGAGGAGGCUCAGCCCCCACGGCUGGGCCAAGAGAGAGAUCCCGGGGGCAUAACUGCUGGCAGCACCGACGAACCCCCAAUGCUGACCAAGGAGGAACCUGUUCCAGAACUGCUGGAAGCUGAGACUAUGGAAAUGAUGUUAGACAAAAAGCAAAUUCAAGCAAUUUUCUUAUUCGAGUUAAAAAUGGGUCAUAAAGCAGCGGAGACACAUCGCAACAUCAACAACACAUUUGGCCCAGGAACUGCUAACAAACAUACAGUACAGUGGUGGUUCAAGAAGUUUUGCAAAGAAGACGAGAGCCUUGAAGAUGAGGAACAUAACAUCCGAGCAUCGGAAAUUGAGAAUGACCAACUGAAAGCAAUCAUUGAAGCUGAUCCUCUUAAAACUACACGGGAAGUUGCCCAAGAGCUCAACCAUCGACCAUUCUAUGGCCAUUUGGUGUUUGAAGCAAAUUGGAAAGGUGAAAAAGCUCAAUAAGUGGGUGCCUCAUGACCUUACCAAAUAUUUUAAAAAAUGUCAUUUUGAAGUGUCUUCUUCUCUUAUUCUAUGCAACAAGAACCAUUUCUUGAUCAGAUUGUGACGUGCGACAAAAAGUCGAUUUUAUAUGACAACCAGCAACAACCAGCUCUAUGACUGUACUGAGAAGUAGCUCUAAAGCACUUCCCAAAGCCAAUCUUGCACCAAAAAAAGGUCACAGUAACUGUUUGGUGGUCUGCUGCUGGUCUGAUCCACUGCAGCUUUCUGAAUCCCAGUGAAACCAUUACAUCUGAGAAGUAUGCUCAGCAAAUGGAUGAGAUGCACGGAAAACUGCAAGGCCUGCUGUGGUAUUGCUCACCAGAAAGGGCCCAGUUAUUCUCCAUGACAGCAACCACACAUCGCAUAACCAACGCUUCAAAAGUUGAGGUUGGGUACGGUGGCUUACGCCUGUAAUCCCAACGUUUUGGGAGGCCAAGGUGGACAGAUCACUUGAGGUCAAGAGUUCGAGAACAGCCUGGCCAACAUGGUGAAACCCGUCUCUACUAAAAAUACAAAAAUUA